GAUUUUUUCUUCAAAACUUGUCUCAAGAACUUCAUCUAUAUCAGUGGAAGGAAGAAUAGAGAACAUUUGUAAUGUUGGACGCUUAUUUUUUGGUUUUUUAUGAAGAAUAUUCAGUUUUUUUUUGUAAAACAAAUGGGAUACCAGACUGAUUUUGAUACAACUUCUUCUCUAGAGGAUGAGAUAAAGCACAGCAACGCACAACAGAAAAGUGCUUUUAUAAAAGCUGGAUCAAUACCAAACUAAACCGUAAUCUCAUAAAUUAAUCUUAGGGACUCUUUGAAGCCCUUAAAAAAUAUAUAUAUAGAAAAAAAAAAACAUUCUUCGGGCUUGUCUUUGGGGCUUUGAGCGACUGCCUACUGGGAAUGCCCUUUCGUUAAUAAAAGCGCAUUCUGGAACUUUCGAACUUUGUUUCCCUCCUUCGGCCUUCCCCAAUUGUUACAAGAUCACAACUUGCAACGCAUCUGAAAAGUCUCUCUCGCUCUCGUUCUGUAACUAAUGGCGACCCCGAAUCAGCAACAGAUAACAAAGACAUCUGAUACAAUGUUUCAUGACGAAAUCUUGGACAUCCCUCCACCAGAAUUGCAAGAUUUGAAAACUCUAAAGGUUGCAUUUCGUCAUGCAACUAAGGAAGAUAUGGUCGUUUAUAGUAUUAAUCUUCCGGUACAAAGUACAGUAGGUGAUGUGAUUUAUGAUCUAAAGACAAAGGUUGAGCUGUCUCAUCCCAAUGCCAAACUUAGAUUGCUUGAAGUUUUCCACCACAAGAUUUAUAAGAUUUUUCCGCUUAGUGAAAAGAUCGGGAACAUUAAUGUUAAUGAUCAAUACGGGAAGCUACGUGCAGAGGAAAUAUCAGGGGAGGACAAGAACUUGGGUCCUCGGGAUCGCUUAAUUCAUGUAUAUCACUUCACGAUAGAUGCAUCUCAAAGCGGAAUGGUAAAGAAUUUUGGGGAACCAUUUCUCUUCAUCACUCAUGAAAAAGAGACCUUAGUUGAAGUCAAAUUUCGCAUACAGAAGAAAUUGCAGGUUUCUGACGAGGAAUUCGCUACCUGGAAGUUUGCAUUUUUGUCAUUGGGUCAACCUGAAUAUCUUCGGAACUCAGACGUAGUGUCCAGCCUUUUUCAGGGAAUAGAUAUAUAUGGAGCUUGGGGCCAGUACCUUGGCUUAGAGCAUUCCGAGAGCUCCUGGAGAAAAGCUUAUCCAACCAAUCAGACAUCUGAUAUUUUGAAUUACAAAGGCUUGGACAUCCCUCCGCCGGAGUUGCAAGGUUUGAAAACUCUAAAGGUUGCUUUUCAUCAUGCAACUAAGGAAGAUAUGGUUGUUCAUAGUAUUAGUCUUCCGAUACAAAGUACAGUAGGUGACGUGAUUAAUGACGUAAAGACAAAGGUUGAGCUGUCUCAUCCCGAUGCCAAACUUAGAUUGCUGGAAGUUUUCCACCACAAGAUUUAUAAGAUUUUUCGGCUUAGUGAAAAGAUAGUGAACAUUAAUGUUAAUGAUCAAUACGGGAAGCUACGUGCAGAGGAGAUAUCAGAGGAGGAGAAGAACUUGGGUCCUCGGGAUCGCUUAAUUCCUGUAUAUCACUUCGCAAUAGAUGCAUCUCAAAGCGAAAUGGUAAAGAAUUUUGGGGAACCAUUUUUCUUCAUCAUCCAUGAAAAAGAGACCUUAGUUGAAGUCAAAUCUCGCAUACAGAAGAAAUUGCAGGUUUCUGAUGAGGAAUUCGCUAAGUGGAAGUUUGCAUUUUUGUCAUUGGGUCGACCUGAAUACCUUCGGAACUCAGACGUAGUGUCCAGCCUUUUUCAGAGAAUAGAUCAAUAUGGAGCUUGGGGGCAGUACCUUGGCUUAGAGCAUUCUGAGAGCUCCUGGAAAAGAGCUUAUCCAACCAAUCAGCAGCAGGAAGCGGCUGAGUUAAUUGGUCCCAUUCAGAUAAUCUGAAGGUCUGAAAGUGGCACAAGCAGAAGCUAUUGGUGAAGGACCAACACUUAAUGAGGUUGAAGUUUCUGCAUUAGGUGAUAUAAGUCCCUUGAUCCAACUGCUGUCUAACAUUUUCUGCAAGUUGUAGUUAAACAAAAAUUACUAGAUUAGACUGGAAAGCUUCAGUUAAUAUCAAUGUUACUGUACAAAAGUGUUUUAGACAUUUGAAUGAUCAAAGAUUUUGUGUUUCUCUCUCGGGAUAAUAGAAUUUUCUGUUUCAGCAAAACUUAUCAAAUGAUGACAGAAAGAGUUCUUGUCAUCCAAAAAGUCUUAAUUCAAUCAAGUAAACGGUUAUAUUUCUCUUUGUA